UAUCAAGGGGAAAACCUGCCUUUCAGUCCAGUACCUUCCAUCACUUAGGGUCUCCUGAAAGAGCUGUAGAUGGAUAUCUAUUCAGCGAUUUUGAAAAGGGUUCCUGUAUUCAAACAUACAAAGAGAAUGAUCCCUGGUGGAUGGUAGAUUUGGGUUUGACAGAAACGGUGGAAUCUGUGGCAAUCACUACCCGAAAAGAUUGUUGUACUGAAGAAUUACAUGGAGCACUGAUCCUGGUGGGAGACUUCCCUGAUAAUGGUGGUACAUUCAAUUCUAGAUGUGCAACCAUUAGUUUCUUGAGCCAUGGAAAAACAGAGUUUUUCAAAUGUGGGACCUUACAUGGAAGAUUUGUGAGUAUUUUCAACCCAGGAAGAAAAAAAAUGAUCUCUCUAUGUGAAGUACAAGUUUUGGGAAAAGCCUCAGACUCUCUCCUUCAUGAUCUCCUAUCAGACAGUCUUAUAUCCUGGCCUAUGUCACCCAAGGCUAGGAAUGACACAGGUUUAGCUGGUUUAAAACCGAUAAUAGGAGUCCAAACAACUCAGUCCAGUAUCUACAUUUCCCAUCAAUUUCCCGAUAUACCAAUGGAUGGAUCUAGUCAAAGUGGUUAUUGUGUUCAAACACUGCAAGAGACUGACCCCUGGUGGCUGGCAGAUUUGGGUUCAACACAAACUAUAGACUCUGUGUCAAUCACCAGUCGAAAAGGUUGUUGUAAGGAACAGAUAAAUGGAGCCUUGAUUUUGGUGGGAGACUCACCUUAUUGGGGUGGAAUAUUCAAUGCAAGAUGUGCAAUUAUUCAUUCCCUGGGCCAAGCAAUGACACAGAUUUUCAAUUGUGGAAAAAAGAAAGGAAGAUAUGUGACAAUCCUCCAUCUGGGAAAUCAUCAGGUUUUAUCAUUUUGUGAUGUGAAAAUCUUUGGAAAAACCUGGGGUUUUUUUUCUUUUGCUAAUGAGGACCAAAAGAAAACCAGAAGUCUUGAAUCUUCAGUUACAUCUUAUAAUUUUGAUCAUACAGAGAACAACUUUGCUCCAGUGCUAUCCAGGGGGAAACCUGCCUUCCAGUCCAGCAUCUUCAGUCCUUCUGGGUCUCCAGACAGAGCUGUGGAUGGGUCUCUACUAGGCGAUUUUGAAAAAGGCACCUGUAUUCAAACAUCCCAAGAGAAUAACCCCUGGUGGAUGGUAGAUUUGGGUUCCACACAAACUGUGAAAUCUGUAGCAAUCACCCCCCGAAAAGAUUGCUGUACUGAAGAACUCCAAGGUGCGCUGAUCCUAAUAGGGGACUCACCUAUUCAUGGCGGCAUACUGAAUACCAGAUGUGCAGUCAUUGGCUCCUUGAAUCAUGAAAAAUCAGAGAUUUUCAAAUGUAGGAUGAUUCGAGGAAGAUAUGUGAGUAUUUUUAACCUAGGAAGAGGAAAAAUAUUAUCUCUAUGUGAAGUUCGAGUCUUUGGAAAAUCAUCAGAUUCUAAUUCUCCUGGCCACCUGUCAUUCAAAGCUAAUUCUGAGCUUCCAUCAUCCAUGCCCCACAAUACCAUAAGUUCACCUGAUUCACUGAUAUCCAGGGGAAAACCAGCCUUCCAGUCUAGCACCUUCAGUCCUUUAGGGUCUCCAGAGAGAGCUGUGGAUGGAUUUUUAUUUAGUGACUUCAAAAAAGGUUCUUGUAUGCAAACUAACCUAGAGAAUGAUCCAUGGUGGAUGGUAGAUCUGGGUUCAAUACAUACUGUGGAAUCUGUGUCAAUCACCAGCCGAAGAGAUUGUUGCUCGGAAUUGAUGCAUGGAGCCAUGAUCCUAGUUGGAGAAUCCCAAUAUCUGGAUAGCAGAUUGAAUCCCAGAUGUGCUAUUGUUCCUGCCAUGAUACCUGGAAAAACUGAGUCUUUCUCCUGUGGGUCAAUGAAAGGAAGAUAUGUGACCAUCACCAUUCCUGGCAAAGGAAAGCUCUUAACUAUGUGCGAAGUACAAGUCUUUGGGAAAGCAUUCAAAGGUCUCGGGCAUUGGGAACAAAUCUUUCAUUCAGUUGCAUUACUCUCAAGGGGAAAGUCAGCCUCUCAAUCCAGUGUAUCCUCUCUCUCUGCAUCUCCUGAAAGAGCAUUGGAUAUGUCUUUCCAUAGUGACUUCGACAAAAGUUGUUGUAUUCAAACACUCCGAGAGAGUGAUCCUUGGUGGAUGGUAGAUUUGAGUUCAACAUAUUCUGUUGUCCUUGUUUCACUGACCAACCGAGAUGACUGUUGCCAAGACCAAAUCACUGGAGCUAUGAUUCUAGUUGGAGAUUCGCCUCAUCGGGGUGGCUAUUUCAAUCCAAAAUGUGCCACCAUUUCUUCAAUGCCUUCAAGAAAGACUGUAUUUUUCAACUGUGAGGCAAUGAUAGGAAGAUAUGUGACUGUCAGUAUUCCAGGCAAAGAAAAGGUGCUACCUUUGUGUAAAGUAGAAAUCUUUGGUGUUAAUGAUACCCAACAAUUUACUCCUCCUCAAGUGGAUUGGCUUUCUAUGAGUUCUAGUUUCCCACAGAUAAUCUUUGCUUCUAAUUCUCGUCAGAAUUCUUUGGUUCAAAUGUCACUUAAGCAAAAACCAGUUUCCCAAUCCAGCAUCUUUGAUCCCUCUGGGUCUCCUGAAAAAGCUGUGGAUGAUUCUUUAGAAAGUGACUUUGAUAAAGGCUCCUGCAUUCAAACACACCUAGAAACUGAUCCCUGGUGGAUGAUAGAUUUGGAGUCUUCACAAUCUGUGGAAUUUGUGACAGUCACCAAUAGAAGAGAUUGUUGCCAUGAGCAGAUAAAUGGAGCUGCAAUACUUGUUGGAAACUCAUCUUAUCAUGGUGGCAAGACAAAUCCUAGAUGUGCUACAAUUUUUAAAUUGGGUCCUGGCAAGACAAAAUCUUUCAAUUGUGGCUCUUUGAGGGGAAGAUAUGUUACAAUCAUCAUUCCAGGAAGAGAAAAGUUACUAACUUUUUGUGAAGUGCAAGUCCUUAGCAAAAUGACACAGUCUUCACCUGGCAUUCAACCAUCAAAUCCUAAUAUCCCUCAUAAGUUGUCCCGCCCAUCAAACAAAAAUACAUCAACUCCUUUUGAUAGUGGUACCCCAACAAAAUCUCUUGGCAUGAAAAACUACAUCAGACCUUGUGGUCCACUGCUAUCACAAGGAAUGAGGGCUUUCCAGUCAAGUAUCAGUACUAUCUUUGGAACUCCUAAGAGGGCUAUUGAUGGAUCUUUGGCAAGUGACUUCAAUGAAGGAUCUUGUAUUCAGACAUUAUCUGAGUAUGAACCUUGGUGGAUGGUAGAUUUGGGUUCAUCAUACAUUGUCGAUUAUGUUGCAAUUACCAACAGAAAAGACUGUUGCCAUGAAGACCUAAAUGGAGCUAUGAUUCUUGUUGGAGACUCAUCAAUCAGGGGUGGCAAAUUUAAUCCUAGAUGCGCUACAAUUUCUUCCUUGGAUCCUGGAAGAACAGAAUCUUUCUUCUGUGGGUCGAUGAAUGGAAGAUUUGUGACUGUCAUCAUUCCUGAGAAAAAGAAAUUUCUGACUUUCUGUGAAGUACAAGUCUUCGGCAAACUGGCUCCCUUUUUGCCUCAUGACUUGCCAAAACUCAUAAAGAACCUUGACAGACCCUUUGGUAUCAAUAGAGCAUUAGGGAAAAUUUCUUACCAAUCCAGUACUUUCCACCUACUUGGCUCAUCUGACAAAGCUAUUGAUGGGAAUGAAAUCAGUGAUUUCUACAAAAAUUCUUGUACUCAUACAAAUAAUGAUUUUGAACCCUGGUGGAUGGUAGACCUAACUUCAGAAUUCAUCGUGGAUACUGUUAUGAUCAUCCCUAGGGGAGACCGUUGUGUGGAAAUGACAGCAAAGUAUGAAAUUCGAAUUGGUUAUUCAAACGAGAAUAAUGGCAAAUCAAAUCCCAGGUGUGGAGAUAAAGUCAGAAUUAGUCCAGGGCAGAAACAUAUAUUUAAAUGUGAUGGAAUGCAAGGACGUUUUAUAACUGUUACCAUGCCUGAAGUGAAAGAGUUCCUCAGUCUCUGUGAAGUAGAGGUAUUUGGCAAGCAAAUCACCAACUCUGGUUGAAAUCACACAAUUUUUUCUACAUUUUCAUUUCUUAUGGAAAGAAAGUUAUCAAUUAAUUGAUUAAAACCUUAUUCCAAAGGAGCCACACAGGGGAAAUCUCUUCGUUUUUCUUCCAACAUCUACAUCUAAGAGUACAACUGUAUCUCAGAAGCUGAUAAUAGACAUCAACUUUGCAAUAUGAUUAGGAGGUAUCUUUUAAUCUGUAAAUUCAAUAUCGGGUUAUCCAUAUGGUAUGAGAUCCUACAUUUCAGUUGCAUAGACUUGGUAUAGAAUUAGUUUCCUUAAAAUGUAUGUCAUAUGAUCCAGAAGAGGUAGUUGUGAUAGAACAUUUUAAAAAAUACUAUUUGUCAUAAACACCAAGCACUCCUUUCUUAAGAAAUUCAAAAUUGUGAAUCACCAGAAAAGGAUCGAUUUCAUAUGAAGAAAUUAUGUUUAUUGGAUUAGCACUCAAAGCAUCAUUAGAAUAAGAGGAUAGAGCUUCCCACAGAAGACUCAUUUUGACCUUCCUCUUGACCCAAUUGUAAAUAACCUCAAUAUGUCCACAUAAGCCAAUGAUCUACAUUAUUGACGCAUGAUGUUUCUUUAACAUGUACACACUAUGAAAUUUAUCUUUGUCCAGUUUAUCAUUCAAUCUAAUUGGAAGAAUACUCAAUAAAUUUGUAAAAAAAAUUUAUAUUAAAGUAUUUAAUUUUUAAAUAAA